CUGGCAGGCAGCUGAUGUUUGCGCAACGCUCGCUUUGCCUGUCCGGACGUGUACCUGCGCUGCGCGGCAGUUUCAGUUAGCUGCUCGCGUAGGUCGGAAUCAUCCGUAGGUUCGUGCGGCAUCAACCGUUCGCGAUGGCCUACUGCAUGUGGAACGGCGCCGAAAAGUACCGAAACACGUUCGUGUCAGGCACUUAUGUCUGCUCCCAGUGUGGCUAUGAACUGUUCUCGAGCCGAACCAAGUUCUCCCACAACUCCCCGUGGCCCGCAUUCACUGAGACGAUACACGAGGACAGCGUCACCAAGCGACCCGAGAUUGGCCGACCUACUGCACUCAAGGUGUACUGUGGAAAAUGCAAGCAAGGCCUCGGGCACGAAUUCCUAGGAGAUGGGCCCAACGGCAAGUCGCGCUUCUGAAUCUUCUCGGAGUCGCUGCGGCUUGUCCCCGGCGACCAAGUGCCAGGUUCCAGCGCGAUGAAUGCCGGGGGCACCCCGGACAGCAACCUGGACCAGACGCCGAAGCGACUGGGCCAUCUGUAUCGCUGCAACCUGUCCUAAACGUUACCCGAGCCAGCGUGUCUAGCAACUCGUGAUCGCCGCCUGCAGUUCGGCUGGCGGUCGGCUGUCCGUGAAAGUAAUCCACAAUGGGCCUGGCGUGCUGUGGGGGGGAGGGCUGUUUUGAGCUGGGAUAAUAUACCAAUUCUAUGCCAAUGUUAUUCCUUUUCGCCGAUGGUUUCGGUGGCACUCUGACAAUGUUACCACCAGGAUCAGCUGGCCGCAAAUGGUGGUUGACGGAAAAGGAUUGGAAUCAAAAAGGAAUCCUUACAUUUUACUGGCCUGCUUGCUGAACUUACGUCUUUUAUUUGCAGAAAAAAUGAAAGAAGAAGGCAGAAUCAGGGUGUUUAGCCAGGCUUUUCAGUAUGUGAUGCAUAGCCGCAACACUGCAAGCAGGGGAGGGAGAAAGGGUUGUAUCAUUAUUUCCAUCCUCGUACUGUGAUUAGUUGAUGCAGCAGAAGCAGUGGGACCUGUUUACAUUACUGAAGAAAUACAAGCACACAAAUGGUUCUGGCAUUUUCAGUGCUUACCGUUGCUGUCUGUCUGUGUAAAUUUCCUUCUGCUGAAAUCUGCCUAAGUGGUCAUUUCAUAUUAGCACAUUUGUGGCUAUCUCGCACACUUUGUAACUUUUUGAGCUUGAGUUUGAAUUCAUUCAACCACAUGGCAGGUACAUAAACAUGCACAUGGACGUGGUUAGGUGCGAUGGGAAAAAAGCUGCAUUUAACAGCUUCACUGGCCCCAUCACCCGGAAAACAAUGUUAAUAACAAAACAACAGAGUAGAAAUAGUUUUCAGAAUGCAUAUAUUACUUUCAUAUGAGCUGAAUAAUUCAAGCAGAAUAAUUAAAGGGUCAGUGCUAUGGGCAGCAUUGUAACUACAGCGAGUUGUGACACUGAUGUUGCAGGAGUUUUGGCAGAAGUGUGGCUUCGGAGACUGCAGUCUGUUGUUUGAUGUUGUAGAACGUGUUGCAACCACUGAUGGCCAGUGCUUUGGAAUUUUGCCAUGCUUUGUCUCAUUGGCUUCUGCUGCUUCAGCGAAUCAUGCAAUACUUGUCAGAGGUUUGCCAGUGAUCUUGCAGACCACAGUGUCCCUGAUAGCCAGUGCUUUGACAUAUCUGCUACUGAUUUGGCUCGUCGGCCUCUGCUACAUGGGCCGAUAAUACACUACUAGUCAGUGAUUGCCUGCAUAGGGAUGGGAGUCAGAAUAUGGCCUCACAACUUGGGGGAUUGAGAGGAGCGUAUGCAUGUUUUUUUCUGCUAACAUUACCUGUCUGUUCUUGGCCUAUAAGAUGCCAUCCAUUCCACUCUGCCCCCGUACACAUGUCCCAAUGCCCCUAGAUAGCGGGCCUGUGCAUUCUGUUUUAUGACGUCAUGCUACUUAGACUGAAAUUUCCAUUGCCAAGCCCAGCAUGACAAAAGCGGUGACAUCAAAACCACCGCGGCCUACUUGGGAGCAUCCCCAUUAGAUUCUAUGGCAGUCCAACAAGGUAGCAUGAUGUCACAGAUCUAAGUGCACCGGCCUUGUGUGAUCCGGAAGGCAUUGGAUGUCUGCACUGUGAUGAAUACGCCUCCUGGUGCCACCACGCAGUGUGCACAUAUGCCCAACCUUCAACCCAUUCCCAACCCUAUCUGAAACAAUCUUUGGCUUUGCAAGAAGAACUGUGCCGGAGCUAUUUGGUGCUUACUAGAACAGAGUGAUGUCAGUUUCAGAGGAAAAGAAACCUGUCUGUUUCAAACAAGGAACCAUACAAAGGGAUGUUGAAAGCAAACAUUGGGUCAAUCUAGAGUGUUGCAUUACCCAUUUAAAAACCUCACGGUGCUUGCUAUAUUGUUGCAGACAAUAGUGCAACUGAAGGGGCCGCCACAAUCUUUCUACAAUUCAAAUAGCCCGCAACAAACAGUCUCUUUACACUGACACAAAUUCUGUCGCAUGUUUCUUGCUGACAAAGGCUUUGUUCUGGUUAAGCUGACACCCUGAACACCUUGGAACACUUAUUGAUUGAUCACUUUGGCUUGACUUGAUGCCCUGACACCUUAGAACGCUUUGUUGAUCAAAUUAGCCAUUUAACAUUUGGACAUCGCAUUUUGGAACGCUGAAUUGAUAACUUUAGCUCGACCUAAAGUUUACCUCUAGUGGCCUACUGAGAAAUUCAAAAUUCAGUUUACAAGAGCAGUGGAGUGCAACUUUUUGAGAUUUCUCGAUUUUGAAGACUGUGAAAUUUGUAAUUAUGUAGUUUCAACUGCAACCUCGCAAGUGUAUAUUGUGAAACGUGAUGUAAAGUGACGUGGAGCCUGCCUGAAAAAAAAAGAAGUCAGAGAAACUAAAUGUGCCUGUAGACUGUUUUCCAGGUCUUGGUGGAAGUUGCAGUAGCAUUCAAGUAACUAACGCCUGCUUGUUUUUCAUUAAAGAAAAAUGCUGGACGUAGCUGUAGGCCAAUUACCAUUAAUCGUUCUUGCUUGAGAGUUGAACAAGAUGAUCUCCUCAAAGAUGCUUUAGGAAAUCCCUUCGUUUUGGACGAGUGUAUAUUUAAGGGGGGACGCGGCAAUUGAAGUGGUCAAAAUUGUCAAAAUUUUCGAUUUUCCGAUUUAUUUUUUUUCGCAAUCCUCGGACCUUCUUUUACGUCGUGGUGAAAUAUUAUAACAAUAUACGCGGUAGAAAUCGAGAAAACCGCAUUUUCCUAGAGCGCCGUCAUCGAAAAUUGCGAAAAAAUCGGGCCUCGGAAGGUGCCGUCGCACCGCGGAUAGCUCGGCUAUCUGAUGACGCAGCGCCGCCAUCUUGGCAUCAUCGUAAAGAGGAGAGAUCGGAGCUCAAGAUAGCCGCAGCGCCGUAUUUCUCCCCUGAAAAAUAACGCCAGCAAACGCGAGCGAAAAAGAGGUAAAAGCGGCAUCGUGAUUGGGCGCAGUAGUCACGUGGGGAACAUGGAGCGCUCCUAUUGGCUGUUGUUCAUUUGAAUUGCCCGCGAAACACACUCGCGCGCAUUGGCGCAGUAGCGCCUUGCGCGUUCCGUUCAUUGUGUUUGCCCAUCGUGGCAGCCAAACUACCCUAACGUGCGUGUUCCGUGAUGAGCCCCAAAGGAGCGAAGUUCCGAACGGCCCACGCGUACGGAAAACGACGAAAGGCGUGGAACAGAAGGCGAAAACUACCCGCAGAAGCGGAUGCCGCUGCCCGCGUCGACUAGGUGCGACCGGCGCACGCGGGUGAUCGGGAAAGCGCGUCUGCGUGCAGUGCUGACGACGCGACCGCGUGCCGUGACCGUGGGCUGUGUUGACGACGCGAGCGGGUGCGGUGGCGAUAACGCGACCGUGGGCUGUGGUGACGACGCGCCCGCGUGCGAUGGUGAACGCGCACCCCCGCGUGGUCGUGACGGCAAUGUGACAUCGGCGAGAGCAGACGUCGGGUCAAAUAUUCAGCUGCGGAUUUCAGCUCCAGUUCUCACGAAUGAAGAGAUUGCGAAACGAGCGGUGACAAGAGCGGAUGUUUUGAAUGCGCUGUCAUCUACCUCUGCAACAAAGAGGAAAUUUCAGCUUUUGAAAGAAUGAGAGUGUGCCGACAACGUGGUUCCCGAGUCAUCAUUUGCGGCGGGCUGCUAAAAAGGAUGCACGACGUAUCAAAAAGGCAACGAAGGCACAUGAAACUGCUGUAAAGAAGCGAAAAAUUAUCUCAAAAUGUAAAGGAAAUGUGUCCUCACUGUCAAAGGACUACAUUCCAGGCGGGUUUUAGGUGCCCAAAGUAAAUAUUUUUAUGUUUUCAGCAAAUAAAACUUUGGGCCCCGUUUUCUCAGAUUUCACUUUUUGUGCAGUUGCUUUCAGUAAUCCCAGUGCAAUUUCACAACGAAUAAAGACAGAAUCAUUUUGUUUUUUGCACUUAGAUCGUGAAACAUUGACGAGUGCAAUAAAGCUGUCUAAUUUCAUCUGCACCUCAUUAAAAAAUUUAUAAUAAGUUUUUUGCAAUGGUCAUUAGUAAGACAACAUGCAGAGAAAAGUUCAAAAGAAGAUUUCGUGCUUAUUUCGGCAUUUAAAAAAUAAACCAAUAGCUUUACUGCACAUAAUGGGCUUUUUUGAACAUGCUGGUAUGAAAAUCUUGACAAACUUAUGUGUAAUUAAUUAAUUAAUUUGGGGCAUGACCAUUAGAGGAUGUCAAGUGUUCUAACUCAGGAACUAUAGUAGAUAGCUCAAAACUGAUUUCAGUUAUGAUAUCAGCAUAACAAAUCAUACCUACAUGCCAAAUUUCGUCAAUUUAUUGCCAUAAAUAAAAAACUUUUUUUUUAUUGCCACGUCCCCCCUUAAAAGCCUUGUAUUUACACAUGUAUGUUCCCGUUUUGUCUUUCCCAGUGCUUCUGUGUUACACGAUCGCCACUUUCGCUAGAUUCUUGCGUUGUGUACCAACUACAGCACAAAUGACGUGGCACCGGUAAAGCCUUCAAAAUGACGGGCGCGGGGCCGCUGACGCCUUUUACUCGGGAGCUGUUGGAUGUCCAGUGCAAGAAAUCUUUGUGAAUGCUGGCAUGUGCAAGUUUUGGAUAUGCUUUCGUUAUGUAGUGCACUAUGUCAGCCAACCUCGCCUUUUGGUGUUGGCGAAACAAAUAAAGUUGCUGUUUGAACAGAUUGCAUUUAUA